AAAUUGCUUUUACGUGGAAUAAAACAGCUAUAUGUAUGUAUCUCGAGUUCUUCUUCCCCAAUAUUCAAAGAUCCCUCUAUCUGCCGCUCUCUCUUUGUGACUAUAACUGCCUGAACAGCGAGUGUGUGUGUGUUCCGGACCAGGGUGACUGUGUGUGAAGAAUACACUCUGUGUUUGCGAGGCCCUGUAGGUGACUCCUCCAGACCCCAGAGUGAGGAUUGUGUGUGAGCCUCUCGCUCCAUAUGUGUGUGACAAUGGGGGACAUCAGUGAUCUGGACAGACAGAUAGAACAACUUAGGCGUUGUGAACUUAUCAAGGAAAAUGAAGUCAAAGCACUGUGUGCCAAGGCCAGGGAGAUUCUGGUAGAGGAGAGUAACGUACAGAGGGUGGAUUCUCCCGUUACUACGUGAAAAAAGUUUACUUCUCUGCGACUCGCAGUGUCCGUUGAUGUGGUUACCGUACUGUCACAGCAACCAGACCAAAUCCUCCUUUGAUGAUGAUGCUGUUCUAAAAAUUCUCAGAAUGACCAACUUUUAUUUUGUCACACUAUGGCACUAAGCUAUUUUCUGUAAGCUCGCAAUUACCUUGUAAAUAAUUAGGUUGGUUUACUUUCCUGUAAUAAUGGAUCACAAGUAACUAAAGUUUAGACGUUGUCAGCUAUACUCUGGUCAUUAUUUGAACUGGCUAGACAACGAACCAAAACAUUGUUUAGAAAAUAGCUUUUUAGUUGCCUGGCUUGCUAGGUUGACAUUUACUGAAUUCAUUUUUUAAACGGAUGGGUUUUAUUGGUGAUAAAAUAAAGUAUGC